AUGGAACUUAAUGAAGAAAUUGAGCCAAACUAUGAGCAAGACUCGUCUUCUACCAUUCUAAAUGAUGAAGAAGAGGAAGCAGAGGACUACAGACCAGGUGGCUACCAUCCAGUAUCAAUUGGCGAUCUCUUCUUAAACAGAUAUAUUAUAAUUCAAAAAUUAGGUUGGGGUCAUUUUUCUACUGUUUGGCUCUGCAAGGAUACCAAAUUCAAUACUUUUGUUGCAAUGAAAAUUCAAAAAAGUGCCCAGAACUACACUGAAGCAGCUUAUGAUGAAAUUGAUAUCCUUAUGAAAGUUUCAGGAAGCUACAAAGAUCCUAUUAUUUUUGAAUAAAAAUAGAUAUUUUUACAUAUAUAAUGAAUUUAUAAUUAUUGAAUCCUGCGAGGAUAUAUGAAUAGAAUCUAUGGCAAAAUACGAACCAAACUCUCAAGAACCAUGCUAUGUUGUUCAAUUAUUGAAUUCAUUUACUCACAAAGGCCCACAUGGAAAACAUGUCUGUAUGGUUUUUGAAAUUUUGGGAGUAAACCUUCUGGAAAUCAUCAAGGUUUAUAAGUACAAAGGAGUCCCUAUGCAUAUAUGCAGAAGAAUUUCUAGACAAGUUUUGAUAGGCCUUGACUAUUUGCAUAGAAUCUGUGGAUUAAUUCAUACAGAUUUAAAGCCUGAAAACGUUUUAGUACAGUUAACUCAAGCUCAGAUCAAUGAAAUUUUAGUCAAAGGGCAGCUUUUCAAUAAAAUCUCCUAUUCAAAAGCUUUAGAAACUCCAGAAUCUGAGAUAACACCUCAAAUAUUUUUCAGCCUUGAAGAACAGCAAGAAAUUGAAAAACGAAAUAAAUUGAAAGAAAAAAGAAAAAAAUACAGACAAAGAAAAAAAGAAAAAGCAAAAUUAAUGAAAACUCAGGGAAAUACAGAUGAGAGUAAUGUGGUAGAGCCUAAGAAAAAAAGGAAAAGAAAUAGAAAGAAAGAUUAGGAUAGGGAUUAUUAAAGACAGGCGCUAGCCAUAUUGGUGACUCAGCUACCAAAGACUUCCCAUAUGGGUGGCUCAUCCGCUUUUAGACAAAUUGCACAGUAGAUCUAGCCAUAACCGGUACAGUUGUCUCCUCCUUGCCUUGCGGCUUCAGUCUUGAGUGGGCAGCUUAUGGAUUUCUGCGUCCUAUGACAGGUGAUUGUGAGAAGUAUUAUUCCAGGGAUUAACUCCUUGGAGUAUAUCGGAUGCCAGAGUGCCUUUCUUUGGCAGAUACAGGAAAAAGACUGCUCCUCCUUGAUGCCCGGACCGAAACUCCGGCUUUCCGGUAGAGGAUGCCCAAGUGUACAAAUUACAUUGCUGAGCACCUCCAUUUUCCAAUGACAAGAAAGCAGCUAAAACCUAACCGGAAGCCAUCUGCUGAGACUGCACUUGUUUCUCGGCUUGAAGUCCAUUCAGUUCUCCAUCUCUUUAAGAUCGACCGAAGGCAGAUUUACACAUAUCGCCAUUUUAAUGUAUAUAAAUAAAUAGAAAGAAAAAGAACUUAGAAAGCGAAAUUGAGAUUAAUAUGGAAAGUAAAAAUGAGUCCACUAAAUCCAGUAUUAAUGAAGAUAAAAAUGAAAUUGAAGAAGGAGUAUGCGAAGAUAUUAAUAUAAAAAUCGCAGAUUUAGGAAAUGCAUGCUGGGUGCAUAAACAUUAUUCGACAGAAAUUCAAACCCGCCAGUAUAGGUCGCCUGAGGUAAUUCUAGGUAUUAAUUAUAAUACUACAGCAGAUUUAUGGAGUUUUGCUUGCAUGUUAUUUGAGCUGCUCACAGGUGACUUCCUGUUUGAUCCAAGAUCAGGCAGUGAUUUUGAAAAAGACGAUGACCAUUUAGCUCAAAUGAUAGAGACUCUAGGCCUCAUCCCUAAAGACUGGGCACUAUCAGGAUCAGAAGGGAAAAAAUUCUUUGAUAAAUCUGGCAGACUUAAAGGCAUAUACUCUUUAAAAAUCUGGUUACUAAAAGAUGUGCUUAUCCAAAAAUACAGAUUUAUUCCAGAAGAAGCUGAAGAUUUAGCCAGCUUUUUGCUUCCUAUGCUGAGAUUUAGGCCAGAAGAGCGUGCUUCUGCCCAAGAAUGUUUAGCCCAUCCUUGGCUAAAUAAAGAAAAAAGAGACGAGAUCCAUUUAUCUGAUGAGGAAUAUGAUAAAUUGAUGAAUGAGUUAGAAGAAAAAAGAUUAGCUGUCAUAGAGAGAAUAGAAGCAGGAGAAUAUGUAAGCAGUCCUGAUGUGCCUAGAGAGUUAAGUGCAAUUGAUGCUGACUCAGAAGAUAACGACAGCGAAAUUGACUCAUGGAGCGAAGAAGAGCCUGAGAAUGAAAUUUUCAAAGAAAAUGAAGAGUACCACAAUAGGAUGAUCAUGAUGAAAAGAGAAGCUUUGGGGAUUAGAUGUAAAGAUUAA